CAUAGGCUUUGUUAGUUUUGCGUUAUAAUGUAACUACUCCAAAAUAAUGGUAAAUGAAGACGAUAAAGAAAACAAUGAAUCCGUAGGAGUCGAUGGAAAUGAGGAUGCGGCCUCCACAACUACAACCAAAAGCAAGGCUACAAAAAGAUUUCAGGUUUUAGAAAGCCAAGGUUUUAUAGUGGGGAAGACUCUCGGUCAGGGAUCUUAUGCUUGUGUUAGGUCUGCAUACGAUGUCAACAGAAAACACAAAGUUGCUAUCAAAAUAAUUUCUAAAAGAAAGGCUCCGAACGACUUCCUUCUAAAAUUUUUACCACGGGAAAUUGAAGUGAUCAAAAUUCUAAAACACCCUUGUCUCAUUUCAUUCUACCAAGUCAUUGAAACAACCACUCGCUUUUUUCUAAUUAUGGAGAUGGGUCACAUUGAUCUCUUAGAUUAUAUCAGAAGCAAGAAAACGAUUCCCGAAUCUCAGUGUGGAAUUUGGUUCCAGCAGUUUCACGAUGGGAUGUCUUACAUGCACUCAAAAGGUGUAGUCCAUCGCGAUCUCAAAUGCGAGAAUGUUUUAUUGGAUAAGCAUUUUCAUCUUAAAGUCACAGACUUUGGAUUUGCCAAAAAAAUACAGAAAUCUAAAAAUGGCGAUUUCAAACCAAGUGAAACAUACUGCGGAAGCUAUGCAUAUGCACCACCAGAGAUUUUGAAGGGAACGCCAUACGACCCCUUUUUCGCUGAUGUGUGGAGUAUGGGGGUUGUUUUAUUUACAAUGUUGUACGGGAGACUCCCAUUUGAUGAUUCCAACCAUAAGAAACUUCUGAAACAGGUCCUACAGAAAGUUGUUUUUCCCGCCAAACCGGAAGUUUCCGAAGACUGCCGAAUUCUUAUCGUUAAAAUGCUCUCAAAAAUGCCUGAGCGUGUGCCUUUAUCCAACAUUCCGUUCGACACUUGGUUUAAGAAGUUUUCUCCUGUGGAUGAAGGGAAAUCGAAAGAGGCAGAGGACACCACAGAACAAACAUCAACAGCCGAGGAAAACCAAACAUCAUAAACCUCUCAAACGUCCAUAUAAUUUUUUGCCAACUUUCAUUAAACGAUUAGAUUAAGAAUAAAAUUUCCUGUUUUUUUUGACAAUGUUUGAAUGUUAUUCUUAGUAUCUGUAUCACAUAGCU